CUUUCCGCCCGACCUCCUUAACGCCCUUCACGGACGCUCUCAUACUUUGCGACUGCUGCAGCUGGCAGCCGCCAGCCCUCAUACCCUACCCCUAACGUGGGCCUUCUCUUCUCAGGCGAGCACCGCAUUGUUCGUCUGGGUGGCAGAUUGUGCUUCACCGCCAAACAGCCAACCAAGCCCUAAUACCUCUUUCGAAUACCACAAGUCAGAAUCUCAGUUCCGCCGUACCGUGUGCUUGCACGUCACUUCGCCAAGAGAUGGUCAACACUGAGAUCCCCAAGAACUACACUGCGUCUCCGUCUUCGUAUAUGGGAACCCCGCAUUUGACAAUCAACAAGGAGGCUACUAUUGAUCUCGAUUCCACCAAUGCAUUCGAAGGUCCCGAGAAGCUGCUAGAAGUAUGGUUCAGUUCCUCCGCCACCGACCUGCCCGGCCGUGCUGGUCCACGCGGGCUCAAGGCCGUGCCCGCCGACACCUGGAAGGAGAUGCUGGACCUGGUCAAUUGCAAGGUUCUUUCGGUCAUUGAAUCCGAGCAUGUGGAUGCAUAUCUGCUCUCCGAGUCCAGCAUGUUCGUGUUCCCCCACAAGGUGGUUCUCAAGACCUGCGGCACCACGACCCUGCUUUGGGGCCUUCCUCGCCUGUUGGAGAUUGCUGCCCUUGACGCGGGCUUCCCUCAUGUGGCUGCUCAGCCGACGUGCGGAAUUGCGGCAGCUGCCACCCCGUACCGCGUCUUCUACAGCAGGAAGAACUUCAUCUACCCUGACCAACAGCGUGGGCCCCACCGCAGCUGGCGCGAUGAGGUGCGCUACUUGGACCAGCGGUUCCAGGGUGGCAGUGCGUACAUGAUCGGCAAGAUGAACGGCGAGCACUGGUACCUCUACAUCACUGGUCCGGAUACUACUUUGACUCCACCACCCAGCCCGGAACGAGAGAUUCCUGAGACGGAGACCAAAUUGAUGAGCCAUCCUCAGCGGCUGCUCCCAGGGCAGAUGACGGACGAAGAGGAAGACGAGACUCUGGAGAUCCUUAUGACUGACCUCGAUGAGAAGAACUCCCGUCAGUUCUACCUCGAGGACGCGAGUGCGGUCGCGGAAGGUCGGUUUUUCCAGAAGGCUCGUGAGGCUCGCAAGAAUGUUAUCUCAUCCCUUGGUUCUAUCCCCGAAGAGAAGUGCGAGAGUCUCGGUGGCUCCACUGCCCUCAACUCCGCUGCCAACACCUAUUCAGAGGACUUUGAUGUCUUCGAACAGACCUCGUCUGAUCACUCGGGCUUUAGCUCGGACGAGGAUGAGUUGACCUUCCCUGAGGAGCUGACCACUGAAGGUCACACGCUUGGCACAGUCGUGUCCGAAACCUGUGGUCUGGCUGAUGUGUAUCCUACCUCCAAGUACCCGGAUGCUCGUGUCGACGCCUACUUAUUCACUCCAUGUGGCUUCUCCGCCAACGGUGUUAUCCCGGCUCCCGGUGGCGCUCCCACCGGCACCAAGAAGGGCUCUGACGCAACCCACUACUUCGCCGUCCACGUCACCCCAGAGCCCCAGUGCUCCUACGCCUCGUUCGAGACCAACGUCCCCGCUCGUCAAUGUGGUCGUGAGACUGCUGACAUCGUGGAGCACGUCGUCGGCAUAUUCAAGCCUGGUAGAUUCAGCGUUACCAUAUUCGAGGCGAAGCCUUGCGGAGAGGAGGGUGUUAGCAAGAGCAUCAUGAAGAGCAAGCGCAUGGACACUAUUCUUGGCUACAGGCGCGUGGAUCGUAUCGUCCAUGACUUGGACGGGUAUGAUCUUGUCUUCAGGUACUAUGAGCGGGAUGAUUGGAAGGGGGGAAAGCCGAGGUUGGGAGAGAUUGGAUACUAAGUGGUGAUGAGUUGAGAGGGGGGAAGGGGAAGAGUGGGAAAAUGCAGAAAGCGGCGGCUUUCGGAGGUGUGUUCGUGCAUUCCUUGUUCUUUCUUUGUCCCGAUAUUCAUCUGUGUGGUGUGGCACGGUCACCUAAUGCUGUGGAUGUUUGCCGAGAACAGUCUCCUCUGCGGUCAUUACCGUACCCCUCAUAGGAGUGUCCUGUCGGACCCUCUCAUAUUUCUGUCAUCUUCUAUACAGUCGCUCGUUUCAAACCUAGUUUUCGAGGAGAGCUUCAGUAAAUAAGAGUCUGUCCGUUCUUUUACCGUGUCUGUCCUACUAUCACUUAGAUUUGUGCUUAUGUUAUACGGUAUUCCAAGGUUGUAGGCGGAUUACACGCAGACUACUCCUUCUGUCUAGGCUAGCGCGUUGC